AUGUUAACCAAUGCCUGCGAGCGAGACCGCCACACAGGAGGUGGCCUGUGGAACGAGUUUAAGGUCAUGGUGAAUGUGACUACGGUCAUGAAGGCAGUGAGUCUGCUUGUUGCAGAACUCAUCAGCUACAUCACCGACUGGUUCCAGACCAAACCAGCAUGGGCCAACCUAGAAGUGCUGGAGGACACAGAACUGAAGACCACUGGAGGCGUCCAUGAGCAACACAAGGCCAAAUCUCUAUGGGAGAAGACUGGAGCAGUGGUCAUGGUUGUACGGCGACCUGGAUGAUUAUUGUGCAGAGAGGAGGCUGCUGAGCUGUCCUCUCUGAAGUCCCAGCUGCAGGACCUUGAUGUCCCUCUGUUCGCUGUGGUAAAAGAAAAUCUGGGAAAAGAGCUGGACUACUUCAAGAAGUACUUCGCUGGGAAGGUCUACGUGGAUCAGAAGAGGAAGUUCUACGGCCCUCGAGAGAGAAAGAUGUGUUUCUCCAUGUUCCUGCGUAUUGGCGUAUGGAGGAACCUCUGGCGGGCCUACCGCAGGGGCUUCAGUGGAAACCUAGGAGGUGAAGGACUUAUCCUGGGUGGAGUCUUCGUCAUUGGGCCUGGAGAUCAGGGUAUUCUACUGGAGCACCGCGAGAAGGAGUUUGGGGAUAAAGUGAAUACUCUGGCAGUGCUCAGAACAGCCCGCAAAAUGCAAGACGCCGUAGCAAAAUAGACCUCAAAAUGUGAAUGAAUGGACCUAUCAAUGGGUGCAGCAUGUUUUCACGUGCAUGUCUGUAUUCUUUAAGCCUAACCCAGGAGUUUUUCUCUACACCACUCCAACAAGCUGUAAUGUACUCAUAUUACAUUUGCUCUAUUUUAUAAAUCCAAUGCAUUCACCCUUUGCUAUUAUGUUGUGCAGUGACACAACUUCGUGGUUUAAAAUGUGCCACUUUAACUGUUUAUUAA